UGCUCCUGGUGAUCUGGACUAAGGCGGAUGCUGGGAUGAGUGCAAAAAAUGUCAGAGACUGCUUGUGCUUGCUUUUUCGAGAAGUGAAGUGUUUACGCGAAUCUAAGGAGCCGUAUUAUAUAUCAAGGCAGUUUGAUUAGGCUCGAGUGUCGUUGCAAGAAUAUUCUCACUCUACUUGGUUACCAUGGGUCCAUUCUCCGUUAUUGCCGUAAGAGACGUAAACUCGAGGAUGAGAAUUGCUGGCGGCGUUUAGACUCUAGAAAUAGACGGUCAUACUCGCGGAGCCUUUAUCAAUUUAAAUUGAGCAGCGGCGAGUGAGGGAGGAGCAAGUCACAAGUCAUAGUAAUUGAAGGCUGCUCUAUUAGGCGAUACGUACGUGCAGAAAUAGCGAAGGAAAUUUUACAAUGUUAAUUAACAUGCAAAAAUGCGUAAAGGCCAGGGCGCUAUACGACAACAUAGCAGAAGCUCCGGACGAGCUUGCAUUCCGCAAGGGAGACGUUCUCACCGUCCUCGAACAAAAUACUGCAGGACUCGAAGGCUGGUGGCUCUGCGCUCUUCGUGGCAGACAAGGCAUCUGUCCUGGGAACAGACUGAGGUUAUUAGUCGGGCAGUAUGACAGCGGGGCUUGUUUGACUGGCAGCAGGGCUGAUCUUACCCUCACGGACUCGGACGCUUUACAGAAACACGGGAAGCGACGUAGUUGGCACGUUCAGCCUAACAAGGUGGUGACGCCACAAAAAUGUGGUGAUGUUUAUCUCUACGAUUUGCCUGCAAGUCGAGGCAGUCCGGCGCCAUCCUCUAGGCACGAUUCACCCUUGGCCAAUUCAUGUACCGAGCACUUUCAUACAGGACGUUACACCAGCAGCUCUAUUGGCACCAGGAGUUCCGUCGACAGUGGAGGAGAUAUCAGUGAUUGUUACGACGUUCCUCCACGAGCUAUUCCCGUUAUUCCAUCUCCAGCUACUAGUCCCAGUCCCGCACCUUCCUGCUACGAUAUUCCCAGGGCUCCUACUUCCUGCACGUCGAAUUCCAAUGGCAUGACACCCUUGGACUGCUAUGACGUACCCAGGCCAUUGCAACCGCUUACACCAAGCAGUUCAGCCUCCAGCCUUACCAAUGAUGGUUCCCUCAGUGGUUCCAAUAGGUCGAGCCUUGCUGCUCCGGAUUACGACGUUCCUCGUGCUCGACUACCAAAUUCUACUGUACCUUCACGACACAAUACACCUAUUCCUAAGACUCCCACACCGCCACCUCCACAGAGAGAGAAGAUAUACGAUGUACCUCCUAGUAAGGAACUUCCCUUGGAGCUGGACUCUGCCCUGGAAGGCUUACAGAGGCUGCAAGCUGAGGCGUCCGCUGCCAUUACUAGAUUGCUUGGUUUCGUGAGUCCAGGAUGGAGGACGCGACAGAGGCUGGAUUCUACGCUUAUGGAUCUUAGGCUGGCAGCGCUUAGGUUAAGGACGUCUCUUCAUGAUCUCGCUGAGUUUGCCGAAGGUACCUUGGGCAAUGCUGCCAAGGCACCGGACAAGGGGCUUGCCACUAAACUCAGGCCCUUGGUUAAAGCCCUCAGGGAUUCCGAUAAGCUUGUCCAGGAAGCAGCUGGUGAACUGGAUGCCAUGGAGUGGGACGCUACGAAACUGUGUCGCGGCGGUGGCGACACACCGACUCCUACAAAUUAUUCACCGCCAUCCCUUUUACCUACCGUUCAACCAGAUCCUCUGGAUCAGUUGAUAGCCUGUGCCAGAGCCCUCACAGAAGACGUUCGUCAGGUCGCAAGCUUUAUCCAGGGAAAUUCUACACUCCUAUUCAAGAGGUCCUCGAUCAUCUCCACCGGGAGUAGCGGGAACAAUAGCGCAGCUGGAGAGGAUUACGACUACGUGAACCUAGACUCGAGGGAGGUUGUAGCGAAGCAACGAGAAGAAUUGAGGGCAGUUCUUCCACCAGAGCUUCGAUCCAGCUACGAUCUCCUCGUGACUGAGGCUGAUAAUGCCGCCAUCCAGGCACCAUCCUCCAUGCCCAUCCCUAUGGACCCGAACGACAAGCACUUGCUGGCCUUCUAUGCUGCUCAGGUCAUUACCCACGGAACUCAUCUCACGCACGCUAUUGACGCCUUUCUGCAGACUGUCGAGCACAAUCAGCCACCCAAGGUGUUUCUCGCGCACGGGAAAUUCGUUGUCCUCAGUGCACACAGGCUGGUACACAUCGGCGACACUGUACACAGAAACGUGAUGAGGAACGACGUUAAAACAAGGGUGCUUCAAUGCGCCAAUGCUUUGAGCGAAGCCCUCGCUCAGACUGUUUCCAAGACUAGACAAGCAGCACAGUUCUUCCCAAGCGUCGCCGCCGUCCAGGAUAUGGUUGAUAGCGUCGUAGACGUCUCUCAUCUCGCGAAGGAUCUUAAAGUCGCUAUGAUUCACGCAGCUCAACAACCCUGAUGAGAGUCAAAUUAACCAGCAACAGGGAUAACUUAACGGGAAGGACCCGAAGACAUUUUGGGCAAUUCUCUACGAUCAACCUCAACCAGUAAAUACAGAAUAGAGAAUACCGAGUACGAAAUGCAGACAUAUAUUCUUCCGCUGUGUAAUAGAGGUAGUCGUAGACAUUUGAGGUAGACCUUAACGUAACCUUACAGUGCUAGUGGAAAGAAAUUCAUAGUUAUGAAAAGGGAAACAAAAGACGCGACGCUCUUUGAUUGAGAUUUUAAUGAGCCAAUCCGCGCGAUGGUUUGUUCACUGUGGUAGCACGCGUUCUUUUUUGCUAGCGUGUUAACUAAGUGUAUCUUCUCCGUGGACCAGGUGUAGCUUUUUCUCCAAGGGAAGGAAGCAUUGCUAUUGCCAAAACAUUAUAACGUAUAGGUACGUACCUAUUUGUAGGUGUUAAUCCAAGAAAUGGAAUUAAGAAAAAAGAAACGAAGUAAUUAACGAAUGAUUAAUGGGGGACUGAAUAAGUAAAGAGAAUCAAAUUGUCGCUGUAAUGUAUUCCGGUAUGGUAGAUGCGUCAUAGUCAUUGAUAGUGAAGCGUGUAGCAAUGUCGUUCGUAGGUAGCCCAUUUUUAAUGAGGGGAACAUAAUAUUAAAUAACGAAUAUAGACCAGGAGAACAAUUGAUGAAAAUUCUUUGCAGGUUAUAUUAGAACUGGUGCGCAAACUAAAGUAAGACCAUACGUUUGAUUUCGAUGGUAGAACCAACUUUAGUUGGUAUCUUAGUUUCAAAUGAAUCUGUACCAGAACACUGAUAACAAAGGUUUCCUUUUUAUAUCAAAAGAAUCUUUCCAACCUUUUAUACGAAGCUUUUUACAUUCAGUCUUUUGCAUACUCCUUUUUGACUGGCGGCUAAAUUUUAUAUGGACUUGCGUCGUCCCCUAGACGACAAACAGCCCCUUGACGAUAAUGAUGAUGAUGACUUUAGAAUACUGCUGAUAAUCCAAACUUCCAAAGUCCCUGAUUAAUAAAGGUCCAGUCAUUUACUCCAAGCUCAGAUAAAAAGGAAGAGCACCAAGGAAUUGUAUACAGCAUUGAAUUCUAUAUUUCAGAUCAAUGUCAGAUCAUUGAUCCUCAUUUGAUAAGUCAUCCUCAAGUCAUUGAUAUUCACCGAAAUGAAUUUAAGGUAAAAGAUUGAUUUAAUUGCCCUCCUUAACUUAUCAUUCAAUUAUCAUUUGAUUGUUUAAGUCAGGGUUACUUCCUGCGAUUUGCUGACCACCGUAUUGCUUCUUCCUUCGCUUUUAUAUUUAAUGACAUUUAAUUAUGUUGAUGAUAAUUGAUGUUAUUUGAUUAAACAUUCCGGAUGUUACUUGUAUGCGCAAUUCGGAUCUCAUGAGACUCUCACUCAGUUUACGUAAUUUCAAGGUAACAAGCGAGCGUUUGAAAUCGUUCAUGAAAAUUAUAAUUUAAUUGCGCGAACUUAAUUUGACUUUAAAAACAUAGAUCUUCGUGAUCACCACUGAUACCUAACAAGUAUUAAAGAAGAAGCAACGCGUUGUGGAAACGCAAGUGAUGUAUCGUACAUAUGUUGCGUAUCCUUGGUUUACGUGUUAUUCACAUAUGGGACGGGCCUCGAAUCGCCUAGCAAUAGACAGCUAUUUAUUUAGCGAGCCAUUGAAGCAUCGAGAUAUUUGUAUUAUAAAAUUACAAUUGCUGAAUAUUUUGUACAAUACUUAUACCACGGGCAACCGGGCAGUUGUGUACCGCAGCAUAUACGAUUAUAUAUACACGUCUAUGUAUUAACAAGGUAUACUAGUUGAUCCCAAUAGGUGCUUAGCGUUCACGGCUCAUAUCGAACUUUUAUGAUUAUAUAUUUAUAUCCAAGCAACACGUAGUAAUAUUGCGAAACUUAAUAGAGACAUUAAGAUGGGUUUAGAGACGAAGCAUUCUUAAAAAGCCCGCGUUUCACGUAUCAGUCAAUCGGACUGCUUGCCUUGUGCGCGGCAAAUUCAAACUGUGCUAUAAGUUUAAAAGUAUUCCAAGUGCUCUGUCUGUAAGCUCCUCGUGCGUCUAACAAUAAGCAUGUGUACCGAUCGAGCUAGAGAAUGAUUUUUAAAUGCUCGAACAGCGACACUGGCGUCUUAUGUUCCUGGUACGUACAUAAGAAGUAUAAUUAUGUAUUAAGCAUAUAUUGCAUUGACUGUAACAACGUCCAGGUAAUCUUCUGGAUUACUGGAGAACUCGUAUCCUGGAGGUUGUUUCUUUAAAUGGGCUAUGAAAUGCUCAUCUUCGGCACUGCAGCUUAUAUCCUCGGACUCGAAACGAAUGUGGAGGACACGUACAAGUCUUUCGGACUGAAUUAGAUUAUUUUAAAAGCGUUACUAUGUACAUAGCCGUAUUUAUAUGUAUUAUAAUAUGAAUUAUUACUUAUUACUAUUGUAAACGAAGAAACUGACAGACAUAUGUAUACACACCAAUGCAAAUGAUAUGCUCAUUGUAUGGCAGGAUACUUGCACGUGGAUAUCGUGCAGGAAUUAUAACGCGGAAUAAUCAUUCCUGACUAUCCGAUGAAAUAAAAAAGGAUUUUAAGUAGCA